GAUAGUUUUGAGAUUUCGAAUAUCUGCAUGGUUUAUCUGCCUCAUUAUCACCGCCGCCGCCGAUGAAUCCGCCGUAAUGUCGAAGCUUCUCGCCGCAAUAUCUCCGGCUCCGAAGAGCUGGUCGUCCACCGCCGACUACUGCGCCUGGAAAGGCAUAAAGUGUAGUAACUCUGGCCAAGUCACCGCCAUCUACUUGAGAGAUAUGUCUCUCGCCGGAACUCUCCCUUCCGAUCUCGGUACUCUCUCUCGGCUCACCACCCUCUCUCUUCAAGGCAACUAUUUCAAGGGUGCUUUCCCUUCUAUGGCCAAUCUUUCUUUCCUCGAAACAAUCUACCUUGACAGUAACAAUUUCACUUCGAUUCCUUCUGGUUGUUUUCAAGGACUCACCAGUUUGCAGACCUUGAAUAUCAGCCAAAACACCAAUCUAGGGCCAUGGAGUUUCCCUGCCGAGCUCACCGGAUCUUCUAGAUUGGCUACUUUGUAUGCCGGCAGAUGUAAUUUGUUUGGUACCAUUCCUGAUAUCUUCGGCUCAUUCCCGAAUUUGCAGGAUGUGAGCCUCUCUUACAAUAACCUUACUGGGGUUUUACCUUCGAGUUUCGCUGGAUCUGGGAUUCGGAAUAUAUGGCUUCAUAAUCAGCAAAUGGGGCUUUCGGGGACCAUUGAAGUGUUGGCGAACAUGACUAGUUUGUACCAGGUUUGGCUCCAAAAGAACCAAUUCACUGGUCCAAUUCCGGACCUUUCACAUUUGGAUACACUAUUCGAUCUUCAGCUCCGUGAUAACUUGUUAACCGGCAUUGUUCCGACUAGUUUGUCGUCAAUUCCGAGUCUGCGAAACAUUACUUUGGCGAACAAUAAAUUGCAGGGUCCUAUGCCUUCGUUCCCUAAGUCUGUCACCAAUGUUGAACUCGACGGAACGAACAGUUUCUGUAAGGACACUCCCGGACCUUGUGAUGCUCAGGUGACGGCUUUGCUUGAUGUUGCAGGAGAUUUGGGUUAUCCAACGCUGUUAGCAAAUUCAUGGAAAACCAAUGAUGCUUGCUCAGACUGGAGUUUUGUUAUCUGUGAUUCUGAUGGGAAUGUUAUCACUGUGAAUUUUCAAAAGCAGCGUUUUGUGGGGACGAUCUCACCGGCUUUUGCUAAUCUUACAUCUUUAAAGAAUUUGUACCUGAAUGAUAACAGUUUGACUGGUUCGAUUCCGAAGACCUUGACCCUUUUGCCUCAGCUUCAGGUUCUUGAUGUUUCUAAUAACAAUCUUACUGGAGAAAUUCCCACUUUUCCACCAAGGGUGAAGUUUACAACGACUGGUAAUCUCUUACUUGGGAAAACUCAGGGCUCAGAAGGUGGAGGGACUUGGGGCUCUGGUUCUAACAACACGACUGGUGCGAGUUCAAAUGAAACAGGGAAUGGUAAUCGGGCUUCUGCUGGUAUGAUUGCUGGUAUAGUCAUUGCUGUGAUUAUCUUUGUUCUUGUUAUAUUGUUUGUGUCAUAUAAAUGUUACCUUAAGAAUAGGCACGCAAAGUUGGGAAGGGGUGAAAAUCUUGAAAUUAGUGAAGAAAUGGUUAAUGAUUUUCCAGUAUUCGAGGGUGGAAAUGUGGCCAUCCCAAUUGAAGUUCUCAGACAAGUGACAAAUAAUUUCAGUGAAGAUAAUAUUUUGGGCAGAGGGGGUUUCGGAGUUGUUUACAGAGGAGAGUCGCCCGAUGGGACUAAAAUUGCAGUGAAAAGGAUGGACUCUGAUGCCAUGGGCUUCAAAGGGAUGAAAGAGUUUCAGGCUGAGAUUUCGAAUCUUACAGAAGUUAAGCAUAAACAUUUGGUUGAGCUUUUGGGAUAUUGCAUCAAUGGCAGUGAGAGGCUUUUGGUAUUUGAAUACAUGCCACAAGGGACAUUGACACAACAUUUGUUUGGUUGGCAUGAUCUUGGGAUGUCUCCUCUUACUUGGAAGCAAAGGAUUACUAUAGCAUUGGAUGUGGCACGUGGAGUGGAAUAUAUGCACAGCUUAGCACAACAGAGUUUUAUUCAUAGAGAUUUAAAACCAUCACACAUUCUUCUUGACGAUGUGAUGAGAGCCAAGGUUGCUGAUUUUGGUUUGGUGAAAAAUGCCCCUCAUGGGAAGCACUCUUUGGAGACAAGAUUGGCCGGGACUUUUGGAUACCUUGCACCUGAGUAUGCUGAAAUCGGCAGAGUGACGACAAAAGUAGAUGUUUAUGCAUUUGGUGUGGUUUUAAUGGAGAUCAUCACUGGCAGAAAAGUUGUAGAUGACACUGUGCCUGGUGAGAAGUCUCAUUUGGUAACAUGGUUCCGGAGAGUCCUAACCAACAAGGAGAACAUCCCAAAGGCUCUUGAUCAAGCUCUCAAUCCUAUCGAUGAGAAAACAAUGGAGAGCAUACACAAAGUGGCUGAAUUGGCAGGACAUUGUACUGCUCGUGAGCCAUACCAAAGGCCUGAAAUGGGACAUGCAGUCAACAUUUUAGGUCCUCUUGUUGAGCAAUGGAAAACUUAUGAAGGGACUUAUGAAGAUGAAGAAAACGAUCAUAUUAAACACAACAAGAGCCUCCCCACAUCUCUACAAAGAUGGCAAACUUAUGAAGGGACUUUCUCAACGUUUCAGGAAGAUUACCUUACCCCAAACUCAAUCUAGCAUUGUAUAGAAAUUUGCUGGUUGAUUUCACUAUGCUGCUGAAAUACCACAAUUAGCAAGAGUCAAGAAAAAUCACAUGACUCUUGUUCUUGUUCAAGUUGUUAAAAUUAUGAACCAUUUUGUGAAGAGAAAUUUAUGAAAAUGACUUCUUU